AUCAGUGUCAUUCAGGGAUGUGACUGUGCGCUUCACUCUGGAAGAGUGGCAGCAUCUGGACCCUGCUCAGAGGACCCUGUACAGGGAUGUGAUGCUGGAGAACUAUAGCCACCUCAUCUCAGUGGGGUAUUGCACCCCUAAACCAGAAGUGAUCCUCAAGUUGGAGAAAGGAGAAGAGCCAUGGAUAUUAGAGGAAGAAUUCCCAAGCCAGAGCCACCCAGAAUUAAUCAAUACUAGUAGAAGCUAUUCAAGAAAGAAGUUCAAUGAGUUUAACAAAGGGGGAAAACGGCUCCAUGAUGAGAAGCAUGAAGGAAUUUAUUCUCAAGAGAAGCCUUUUGAUUAUAAUACAAAUGAGAAUGGCUUCUAUCUUAAUGAAGAUCUUGUUCAGCAUCAGAAAAUUCAAAUUUUGGAGCAACCCUUUGAAUAUAAUGAAUACAAGAAUGCUUUCUCUGAGAAUUCACUCUUCCUUAUACAUAUGGGAGCUUACACAGGACAGAAAACCUGCGAAUAUACAGAAUAUGGGAAAACCUUCUGUGAUAUGUCAUCUCUUAUUCCUCAUCAGCGAACACAUCCAAGAGAGAAUCACUAUGAAUUUAAUGAACAUAAAAAAAACUCAUUUGAGAAAUCUAUUCUCUUUGAACAUCAGAGUGUUCACCCUUUCAGCCAGAAGUUAAAUAUCACUCCAAUUCAGAAAACCCACUCAAUUGACAGUAUAAUUGAAUAUAAUAAAUGUGGAAUUUUUUACAGUGGAAAUUUAGUCAUUGGAAUACAACAGAGAGCACAUACUGGAGGAAAGCAGUAUGAAGGUCAUGAAUGUGGAAAAACCUUCAACAAGAAAUCAGCUCACACAAGACAUCACAGAACACACACAGGGGAAAAGUCCUAUGAAUGUCAUGAAUGUGGGAAAACCUUUUACAAGAAUUCAGAUCUCAUUAAACAUCAGAGAAUUCACACAGGGGAGAGGCCUUAUGGAUGUCAUGAAUGUGGAAAAUCCUUCAGUGAAAAGUCAACACUUACUCAACAUCAGAGAACACACACAGGAGAAAAACCAUAUGAAUGUCAUGAAUGUGGGAAAGCUUUCUCAUUUAAGUCAGUCCUUACUGUACAUCAGAAAACACACACAGGGGAGAAGCCCUAUGAGUGCUAUGAGUGUGGGAAAGCCUUUCUCAGAAAAUCAGAUCUCAUUAAACAUCAAAGAACUCACACAGGAGAAAAACCUUAUGCAUGUAAUGAAUGUGGGAAAUCCUUCUCUGAGAAGUCAACUCUAACUAAACAUCUGAGGACUCACACAGGUGAGAAACCAUAUGAAUGUAUUCAAUGUGGAAAACUUUUUUGCUACUAUUCAGGUUUCACAGAACAUCUGAGAAGACACACAGGGGAGAAACCUUUUGGAUGUAACGAAUGUGAAAACCUUCCGUCAGAAGUCAGCCCUAAUUGUUCAUCAGAGAACUCACAUCAGACAGAAACCCUAUGGAUGUAA